AUGUCCUCGCAAGGGCUCUUCGCCACCAUAACUGACGACCUCUUCGCCGCCUUCCUCGAGUUUGUUGGGACGACUAUCUUCCUCCUCUUUGCCCUUGGUGGCGUGCAAGCGGUCACCGCCGAAGCGCAGUCCACACCGAAUACUGUGUCCAAUAUCGAAAGGAUACUAUACAUCUCCCUAUGCUUCGGUUUUAGCCUUGCAGUGUCUGCGUGGCUGUUCUUCAGAGUCACAGGAGGGUUGUUUAACCCGAACGUUAGCCUGGCGCUGUUCAUAUGUGGGGUGAUCGGUCCAGUGCGAUUCGUGCUGUACUGUAUAGCGCAGCUCGUCGGGAGUAUCGCAGCUGCGGCGCUUGUGCUUGCGCUGACCCCUGGCCCACUGGCUAGCAACACCAUCUUAGGUCCGGGCAUCAAUGCCGCGCAGGGCGUCUUCAUCGAGAUGUUCGUCACCGCUGCCCUCGUACUAUCCGUCCUCAUGCUCGCCGCCGAGAAGCACCAAUCGACGCCCUUCGCACCUCUAGGCAUCGGUCUGACACUCUUCGUCGCUGAGCUCUGGUCUGUAUAUUACACCGGCGGUUCACUCAAUACAGCACGAGCAUUCGGGCCAGCCGUCGUCACCGGGUUUCCCGACGGCCAUCACUGGGUGUACUGGGUCGGCCCGUUCCUCGGGUCUUUGCUUGCUUCCCUAUUCUACGCCAUUCUUAAACAGUGA